AUGUCCAAAGCAUUUUCCUUAGCUGGCAUCAGAUUAGGUUGGAUUAUAACUAAAGAACAUAAUGUAUUGAAAAGUGCCAGUUCUAGAAGAGAUUAUAACACCAUCUCUGUAAGUAUGAUCGAUGAUCUAAUCGCACAAUAUGCGUUACAAAAUACUGAACCUAUUAUUAAACGCAAUUAUAAUUUAGUCUUAGACAAUUUGCAAAUAUUAAGUCAAUUUGUUCAUGAAAACUCUGAUUUAUUUGAUUUUGUUGCUAAACCACAAGGUGGUACUGUGUGUUUGUUAAAAUUGAAAAUAAUGAAAGAUGGAUAUAAAUUUGCUACAUACUUAGCAGAUAAAUAUAAAGUUCUAUGUGUUCCUGGUGAAACAUUAGGUAUUCCAGGAACUUUAAGAAUUGGUUACGCAAAUAGUAAACACGAUUUAUUAAAGGGAUUACCAUUAUUAAAAAAAGCUGUGUUAGAUUGGACUGAUCAACAAUGA